CACAGACCUGCAUGCCCCCGACAGCAUAAUGUCUGCACAAUCAUCCCUUCUGCAAAGAGUUCGUUUAGGAUUGACAUGCUGCUCCAUCGCAGCUAAUGCUCUGUUUGCGGGGGGGAUAUUCACAUUCCCUUUACUUGCGCCUGCACUUGCUGUACAUCUGAAUCUUACUCAGCCUCAGCUCACGACGAUUGUCUUAGCAGGCAUGAUAGGCCAAUACCCCUUCUCUGCCGUGGUCGGCAUGGUCAUUGACAGAUUUGGCCCAUGGGCAUGCUCUCUUGCCUCCUCCAUUCUUUUCUCUACAGGCUUUGGGCUCUUUGCGUGGGAGAUUGCAAAGACGCCCGCCAUCACACCCACAUCCCAAUCAUCAUUUCAUCGCCUUGUCGUUUUCUUUUGCAUGGCUGGCCUCGGAACUGUCUUCUCGUAUUUCUCGUCUCUCUUCGCAGCAUCUAAGAAUUUUCCUGACUAUAUCGGUGUCGCGUCAGGUUCCAGCAUGGCUCUUUUUGGUUUAUCUCCUUUGUUUCUGUCUCUCAUAGCUUCUAGAUUUUUUACUGAUCCCAUAGCUGGUUUGAACGUGACCCAAUUUUUGACUUUUCAUGCGGUUGCGGCUGGUCUGGUUCACCUUUUGGGAGCGUUCAACUUACACACCCCUUCCGUUUCAACUCGACUGAGUUCACUGUCCGAGGAGUCAUCAUCAUUCGCGGACUCUGAUCCUGAAGAAUCACUGGAACCGACUGAGCGCACGCCUUUCUUGCCUGGCAAGCAGAAGAAUGUCGAUGUGCAGGUUAUACUAGUGGAUGAGGAGGCUAGUAUUGCGGAUCUCCUCAGGGAUACACAAUUCUGGCUUCUGGCGAUCAUCAUCAUGUUCACUUUAGGAUCUUGUGAGAUGGUGAUCUCAAACAUUGGGACCAUCGUUUUGUCUCUCCCAUUAUCUUCGACCGACAUCAUCACACUCGAUCCAUCAACCGAUACUGCCACUUCAACGCAGGUCCGCAUCCUCUCGAUCGCGAACACCGUAUCUCGUCUGCUCGCAGGUCCGCUCGCAGACUUUGUGUCUCCUGUUGCAUUAUCUCUUUCGAGCGGUAUGCGAUCAUUUCCAAGGAAGCACUUUGUCAGCCGUGUUGCCUUUCUUUCUGGAGCGACAAUGUUAUUGGGGGUUUCAUUUGCGCUUCUUGAGACAGUCAUUAGAUCGAGAGAGAGCCUCUGGAUCUUGAGUGUUGGCACUGGUCUGGCCUAUGGCAUCACAUUCACCAUUCUCCCCAGUAUCAUGUCCUCAAUAUGGGGCGCAACUAAUCUUGGACGCAACUUUGGCAUUGUCACAUAUGCUCCCUUCCUAGGGACCCCUUUCUUUUCUUACUUAUAUGCGUUCGUAUCCGCCCACAAUUCUGGUGGCGAGAGUGUGUGUAUCGGUGUUUCGUGUUGGCGCUUGACGUUCUGGGUGGGCGCGGGUGCUGCACUGGUCUCUUGUAGCGUGAGCAUGGUAUUGUGGCGGCAAUGGAAAGGGAAGGUCUGAUUACAGGCGACAACCCUUGCUAUGGAUGAGAGCUGAGUAUAGAUAUAUAAUCUGUGGUGACCGGUUUCGUUACUUAGAACUCUCGAUCAAUACAAUUGUACUUUUCCACU